UUAACACAGUCAAGGGCUAAAUAUCUUUAACACUUAAACCAAGUGUGAUGAAGAAGUUUGUUAAAAUAUGUUGUUUUCCUAUUGUAAUGUCCGCCUGUUCAACAGCAACGUGAUGAACCAAUUUCCGCAAGCCAAAUCCCUUCGACAAUAGGGAAGUUUUCUGUUAUAAUCAUGUGCAUGAAAAUGAUGCGUGUCAAACUAGCAUGACAUAAAUUUACUUCUAGCGUUUGUCUAUAAGUUUGACAAAAUUAAUAAUGGAGAAUGAUAUAAACCAAUAUUUCCCUCCAAACAGUAUCUUUAAAUUCGACGUGAACGAUGAUGAUUACCUAGAGGCUGACAAAAACACGGAUUCAGAUACGGCGUCGAACUUGGAGGAAAACGACGUAUACAUUCCCCGUGGAGGACUAAGUCCGGAACGAUUUAAUGAAAAGAAGAGCAUUAACAAGUAUUUCUCACAGAACAGUAUAUUUAUUUCGGACGAUGAUGAUGACACAGAACAAGUCAAAAUUCGAUCGAAACCAAGAUCACCUCGCCAAAAUAUUAGUGUUGACGAACUAGAGAAACUGGUUUUACCAACAUUUGAUGGUGAAAACGACAUACCAGCAAAGGCUCCAAAAAUCAAAAUAGAGGACACAGACAAUGGAGAUGAGGAUUACAUGAUAUAUGAUACACCUCCUCCACCUUUGCCAAAACCCAGCAGAAAAACUUUUAACUUUCUAGAAGAAGAAAAACUGGACGGGUGUGUCGAUACAAGUUCCACAAGAUUGGAAAACAAAAGAGGUAGCUGUCCAGGAUCUAUUGGUACUUGGGAACGAUAUUCCCUCAUGAAUCAGAGGUACGACAAUCUUCUAGCAGCCGAGGGUUUGGAGUUUUCUGCGGAAUACGAAUGUGUUUCAUUUUCUUCGAGUAGCGAAUCUCACAAGCCCUCAUCAGGAAAAAAGUCUUUUAAAGAUAUGAUGUUGUCCGUGUUUCCAAACCGGAUUUUUCUUUCUGUCAGUGAUACAGAAAUCGACAAACCCCAAACUUUUAAAAUGAAUCAAAGUAAAUCAAAACCUCAAAACAGAAAAUGUCCUCAGGCUAUACGUGGUAUGAAAGAAAUUAUGAGUUCUAAAUAUAAAGAAAUUCGAUCAGCCGUGAUUUCAACUGUAAAAAGAAACAGUGAAGGACCACUUACGUUAAUCUCCUUUUUCUGUGUGCCAGCAGGAUGCGCCAAUGUUUCUUCUAUUGCAAAAUAUGACAAUGGUCAUUGUUGGGUUGCAGCUGAUCGUUCUGAGUGCAUACUUUUAUAUGAUAGAGACGGAAAUUUAUUAGAUUUUGUGAACGUUGGGUGUCCAGUAGACUCCCUUACAACCGACAAGUAUGGAAAUGUGUUUAUGUCUUGUCCGGAUUUAAAACAAGUUCGAGUUUUUGACCGAAACCGACAUGUAAAAACAUUUUUAGAUAUGACUCAAUACCCUCGUGGAAUUGCAUAUAUGGAACUAAGCGAGUCAAUUCUAGUCUGCAGAAACAACAACCGAGUCGCCAAUGAUCUGACAGUCAAAGCAUGUAAUCCCCUGAAGAAGUAUCGUAUUCGCGGUCCCAAGCCCCAAACCGAAGAUGUAUUAGACUCCAUGUUUGGAUACCCUCUUCGAGUGUGUGUGAAUGUAAACCACGAUUAUGUGGUCUCUGACUUUGCUAAUCGUUCAAUCACCGUCAUCGACUCUUCUGGAAGAACACGUUUCUCAUUCAAAUCAUCCAAAGAUUUCCCCAUCCGCAACAGGCAUUCCGUUUGCUGUGAUACAAAAGGAAACAUUUAUAUCUUUUCGAAAGGCAAGCCAAAUGUCUGUAUAUUGGAACCGAAUGGCAAUGUAAAGGACAUGUUUUCCUGUUCGGAUCUGUAUAAUGAGACAGUGUUUGCAGCGGUGUUCGAUACGGAUGGGUAUCUAUGGCUGGCGUGUUUGGAUGGGUUUAUCAGAAUCUUUGAAUUGACAUAAUACAUGUGGUGAUUAACCACUAGAAUAAUGAAAAAGCAACUUUUUGAUUUAUGAUCUGCAAGGUUGACUUGUCCCGUUUCGAUUUCUUUUAUUAUUAAUAUUUUGAAAACAUUUAGUAAUAUCAGUGAAAUACAGAAAAAACUUGAUAAUGUUCAGUUUUAGAAUUCAUCAAUGUAGUUUUUUUGUUCAUAGUAAAAUUAUAAUACAUACAUGUAUUAGAAUUGUUGAAAUUCAUUAAGGCAGGUUUAAAAAAAAUAUAGUGUCUACAGUUAUCAUAGGUCACAACACAUAUUUUAUCUCGACUUUUCUGAAAGGAAAUUGAAAAUUGUUUAAAAUCUUUUUCCUGUAUAUUAAAAUAUAUCCGAUGUAUAACAUGACUUAAGUAUUAUUGUGUCCGAAGGCAGUGUCUAUAAUUUUUAUUUAAAAUAAAAAUAGAUUUACCAUUUAAGAAUGUAUAAAAACCAGUAGGAUGCCAGAGCAAUUAGGUAAAAAUAAAAAAAUAUCAUUCCUUGAUUGAUUUCAUUCUUUUUCUUUGCUUUCUAAACUAAAAAUAAUAUUGCAAUACAACAGAAUAAAACUUAUGUAAAAGUACUUGUAUAUGCAUAAGUCGGAGAAUGGAA